UUCCUUAGGCGGGAAAGAUAAACGGCGAACGCACGCGAAAUUGCCGAUUUCCACGGAGAUAAGGGGACGGCGAUGAAAAGGACGAUCGGGAAGAGAGUUUUAAGAAUAAAAAUUUCCGUUGUUUUCCACGGAAUCUCCCACAAUCUGAUCGUUCACAAAACGCAGCCUCGAAGUUUCAUCGAUGGAAUGAGAGGCUCCUUCGUAGAUAAUAGGAGAAAAUCAGUUUAAAAACACCUUACUUUUCCUCGUCAAAAACAUCUUGCUUUAUCCUGAAUUUUUAAAAAAUAUGAAAGGCUCAGGAAUUGGCAGAAUUACGCGAUUAAAUCAGAAAAAGACCAAUCAAAGUCACUCCGAUGUUUUUGUAGUAGUUUAUUAUCAGUACUUUACGUCGCAAUGUAUUUAGCCUGCGUAUCACGUAUUCAUGCAUCGAUAAUCAAUACGAUUGACUACAAAUAUCAAUUAAGAGUACACCAGUGUAAGACGUACCCUAUUAUGCUCAUCUGAACAAAUGUGUGUCGCGUCAGUCGCGUGCACAUGUGGUAUUGAUGAUUGCCACGAUAAUGCAUUUUUAUCAGCGCGAUUUUGCUCAUUUUUUGUAAAAGAAUUCGCACAGGUGAUCUGUUCAUUUACCAUGUAUUCUGGAAUAUUUCAAGCUACGCUGCUUUAAGUCGAAGCCUUGCCGCAUCUCGCAGAGCACAACGUUAUUACAUUCGACUAUUCGAGAGACUAGCGCACUCUGGCAGUAGUUGUUACGAGGUUAGACACAGUUGUGUACUGAGCCCCCAAGAGUCUUGUUGUGGACAGUGUGAAACGAUGCUAGAUGAUGUCACAGUGAAAGAGAGGGAGAAUCACUGCUGAUAAAAAUUAUCAUCUCAGGAAUAAUAUUACAGAUCCAUAAAUAUACCUAUAUAGUUUCUAGAAGCAUUGUCACUCGAGACACGAUAUCUCGAAGGAUCUCUGUAUUGGAGGGUUUUUCAUCUGGAUUUAUUUCAAUUCGGGAUGGCGUGCAGUUUGUAAUUACAAUAUUAAUAACACCAUAAAAAAAAAAUUCCUCAAGGACUACGUUAUCCUGUGAAACCAAUGGAUCGUUUUAGUUCGAGGUCCCGACGCCUGGGACCGAAGGUGCAUAAGAAUCGUAGAAUCGAGGACAAAUGGGGACAACAGUAUCACAGGGCUGUGCAGAAUACUGUGUUUGGCAGGCAAUGUCUACCUUACAUGCCAACGGAACCGCCGGCGUCAUUGAGCGAAGAGAUUGUGGAGUCUGGUCCGUUGUACGUGUGUAAACAAUGCAAAGAUUGCUUUCGUUUUCAAAGCAGUUUUGAGGAUCACAACACGCGGCACAGCUGGAUCUUAGGGCUCUGGUGUCACAUGUGCUUCAAAACAGUAUGUACUCACAUAAGCGAGACGGGACGUUCUACGUGUAUAAAAUGUUCUACGUGCAUAAAACAGCACAGCGAUAAACGUGCGUAUUUGCGAGCGAGAGGUUUAAAUAAGAGUCAAAGAUGGGGAGCCGUAAGAGUAUUCUACAACCAGUGCCAAUUUAUCGAGCAUUUAAAAAUGCAUCGAUUAAGCUCUGUAAAUAUGGGUGAUUUGAUGUUGAUACCUCUACCUCUUAACAUGAGCAGCAGUGAUUGGUCUCCUGAAUUUGAAAUGCUAUGCGAAGCACUUAUGGAGCAGACAUUUUUGUUGCGCAUACAUAUUAUAGAUUGGUUCAAGAUGCAUAACUUGCAAGACAACUGGUGGAAGCUGGUCAAUGGCAAAAGUAAUGACAAUAUAAUAAGUAAGAUUGUUGACGGUUACCAGGGCCGACAAAUAUUUGAAACAAACUACAAUUCUUCUGACGCUACAUAUGACGAUAGCAAAAGUUCUCUGGACAUGGAAUUUGACAGCAAUUUCAUGGAUAAAAAUAUAGACAGCUAUUCCGCUAGUAUAAUCUCGGACAAGAAUAUCUUGGAAAAUGAAGAUAAUCCGUGUACAGCAACUGACAUCACUUUUGUGGAUUGCGGUCCUGCUUCACAAUGUUUCGAACCAGAGAUACCAGUGAAUUGUGAGACACAUAAGAAACAAUCAACAGCACAAGAGAUAAAAAAUUGUCGCCUAGCUAAUACAGUCAAAAUGAAUAAUAGAACAACGAAUGAAACUUUUAAGAAUCGCAAUUCACUCGAAACGAAUACGAUUCAUGAAAGUGCUGUCAUCGCAAAAGCUGGCAACUACGGCUCUAGUAAAAGUCUAGCUAUUAUACAACCAACAUUCAAAGAUUAUGUGCAACAACGUAAGACAGCUCAACCUCCUGUAAAGAAAACUGCAAGGAACAAUCCUAAUAAACUUAUAACCAAAACUGGCGUCAGUAAAAUUCCGGACAAUUCAUUUAAGAUUAGUAUUCCAUUUCCUGCUAAGACAAGCAAUAUUAAGACUAAUUUAGAUCCUUCAAGUCUUCAGACAACAAGAGUAAAUAAUAACAUAUUAACUCUUCAAGAUCCAAAGAAUAUUGCAUCAAUAAUUAGCCAACUUCCACCUCAUUUUAUUUCCAACAAGAAAGUAGUUUUUAUUGGGCAGGAUUGUAACGUGAUCGCCCAUGGCGAGAAUGAGGUGAUCACCAAAAAAGAUUCAAGCAACUCGCUAGUGGGUAACGGAGGUACAGGUUCAAAUACGUCAACGCAGAUUGUGUGUGAUUCCAAUGCCAAGAAGCAAGAAAUCACUGGAAAAAUUAUAAUGAAAGACGGAAAGAAAUAUAUUAUUAAACGUACAAAAGAAAUCAUGAAAGAGUACCAAAAAAUAUUACCAAAAAGAUCUCCUAAUUUAUUAACUGUGAAAAAUGUCACGAAAGCUACAAAACAACUAGCAUUCGAGCACAACGUUUCAAAGCCAAAGUUAACGUCCACUAAUUCUAACGAAAACAUUGGCGUACAGCAAAUUACUUCGCUUCACAACAAUUCCGUUCUAACACCUUCGCCAUCUCCUUCUGAAUUGUCCAGCAGUUCCAGUUGCGAAUUGCACGUUAAGAAAUCAGUUAUGCCAAAAUUACAGGAGGUACCUCCGCAUUUAAUACCGAUAUCCGCUAUGGCGGCCCAGAAAUAUAUAUCGGAAACGAUAUCGCUGAUCAAGGAAGAAAAUGGAGAUCUUUAUAUGGAUAUAAAAGUAGUAGAUCGUAUUGCGAAAGAAAGCUUUCUUUCUGUGUGUGAUGUAAUAGUAAAAUAUAGACGAGAAAUGUUUGACGAGUUUUAUCAGAUGAAUAAUCUGGAAUUGAAAGAACGACUUGAGCAUCUGCAAUGUGUUACUGAAGAAAUGAGACAAGUUUUGAAUUUCAUAUCUGACGCUGUUUUUAAAGAAAAGUUAAGGGCUGUCAAUACUCUCCGAUGCGUAAUAGAAGUAUGUUUCGAAAAAUGUAAUCAGGAUGUACAGAACAAGAAAAACGAUGACGUAAUAUUAAACGAAUGGGAAACGAGGAUGGAGUCAGUAUACAAAUGUCUGUCAUGCGACAGAUUUAUCAAGCCUAAAUCAUAUAUAGCUGGCUUUUCAAAAUUACCUAAGAAUGCUAAUGCAUAUUGUUCUUGUUACAAACAAGUUUGUCACGAGUGUCAAUCCUACCAAGGCACCACGUCGCGAUUUAUCGCGCAUCAAAACUACCAUAAGAAGAGUAAACCUUACAUUUGUCCGGAUUGCGGUUCCAAAUUUAAUUCUUUUACAUCUUUAGAGAUUCACACGUGGACUGCUUGCUUUCAUAUGUCGAAAAAGAUUACAUUUACUUGUAAAAUUUGCGAAAUAGAUGGCUUUAGGGAUCUAGAGUCGGUCACCAGACAUUUUGUUAUCAUGCAUAGCAAGACGAAGGUAGGUUGCGAAGAUUGCUCCCGGGUGUUUACCUUGUACAACGAGUACGUACAGCAUUGCACGGAGACACAUCCGUCUAAGACAGAGCAGAAUCCAGUACGGCUGGGGGGGUGUAAAUUAAGCAACGUAAUCUUACGUUGCGAGAAUUACAUGUUAUAUUUGGAGAAGUAUCCUGGAAUUCGCAAAUUAGUAUGGUUCAAAUGUCCCUGUUGCCAUUUAAUAACUACAGAUAACAAACACGUGUCGAAGUUAAUGAACACUCAUAUACGAGAUAAUCAUGUGGAACGAAUGUCGAAAAUUCUUAGCAAAGAAGCGUUUACCGAAAUUUUUGGUACAAAAUAUUUGAAAGCUGAUAAAAAUUUUAUUCAACAAUUUUUCAAGGUAGUUUCCGACAAUACAUUUGCAAACGAGGUACCAUGCACGGAUGACACCAUGAUGCCAAAAAUCGUGAAUACUCGGACUAUCAGUUCAGAAAUAUUCGAACGUGGCUCUCAGAAUACGGAAUGGUCUGCAGAUGCUGAUAUGGCUGUCGCCGAAGAUUCACAAACAAUGAAGAAAACAAAUGGUAAGGAAAGAAAAGACUUAUUGCCAAAAAUAAUCAACGUUAGAUCGAUAAAUGAUUUAAAGUCAUCCAGAUCUAAGGAGGCAAUCACGAAAUUAGACGAUAGCAAGUCGAGUAGCCAGGAAGAGACAGCAAAAGAGCUUGAUGAAGAUAACGAAUUAAAUGCUUCACACAUCUCCGAAUCUGAAAAGCCUCCAUUAGCAGACGCAGUUGAUGUCCGUGUAAAUUCAUCAAAUAAAUCGAGUAAAAAGGUUUCGAAUGCCGUAUCCGAAGCAAGCACGGACAACCGUAAAAUAAAAAUAGUUGACUUUAGGAAAAUAUGUAAACCGGACAUCGAGCAACACGUUAUCGCGGAAAUGUGCGAUAUACGGAAAGAUGAAAACGCAAGCUACAUGGCAUCUAUACCAAAACCUCCUCCGCUUACCAGAAUCCCGCAACAUUUACUUGAGGCCAAUAAGCCGGAAAAUGGGUCGGAAAAUGAGCCGGUCGACGGCUCAAAGAAAUCGAAAUCAAAGAGGUCUUCUGUCCGGGGAGCUGACAAGUCCAAAGUUCGUAUCGCUCUAGGGACAGACGUACAAGAGGAAGAAAGUAUUGAUUAUCUAUGUCACUUGUGCAACGAACGGAUUAAUACUUCUCAGUUCGUGGUGCAGGCGCACUUUCGUGAAAAGCAUUCGGACGAAUACAGAAUGGCGGUAGUCACUCCGCAGUUAUCGCGAAUAUCGCACGACUUUAUUAAUGGCGGCUAUAAACAGUUUAUUAACAACAAGAAGCGGAAAUCGGACAGCGCUUUAUACGUUUGUAAAAGGAAGCGUCGUUGGACGCCGAAGAAGCACGUAGAGACGAAGGAUACGAAUUCACAGGUAGGAUUAUGCGUGAAACAGGAGACGGCGGAGGAUGGCGACGGUAAUUUUAUAUGCAAGAAAUGCGGUCAACGAUGCGCCGAUAUGCCUGACCUGAGGGAGCAUAUCGCCGCCAAUCAUCGACUGAAGGACCGCUACCUGAUAUGCUUAGAAUGUGGCGAGAACUUCGUUGUCGCGCCCAGCUUGCAGAUGCAUCUCAAGGCUUUCCACGGCAUAGACGAUCCGGUUAAUUAUAUGAAUCAAAACCCCUCUUACGCCCCUAGCUUUGACGGUGAUCUGCAAACGGAAGGGAGAACGACGGUGGCUAAUCAGUGCCACGUCUGUAUGGCAGUUUUCGAAGAUAAAGCUGCGGUAGACAAGCAUCUGAGGGUGCACGGCAUGGCUUUCCUGAAUCGUAAGAGGAUAGAGGCGAGAAACGCCUUGGAGAAAAAGGCUAAUACGGAGGAGGAGAAGCAAAAUAUUGUUAAAGACGAUUCGAAGGAGGCUGCGAAAGGAAAUAAACCAGCGGAAACAAUCCUAGAUAAAAUUAAUGCGGCGAUAUAGCUACAGAAGAUGAAGCGCGUAAGGGGAAGAUGUGUGGAAGGAAGCAAUGCUGUAAUAUAAUAGAUUCAUUAAUCUUACUUAUAACACCCGCGUUUCUGUAUAUUUGCGCGUACAACCCUUCAUUGUUAUUCCUAAAUAUUGCAUCAAUGAAUCAGUAGAUCUCUUUUUUUUUCUACUACGUGUACCUUGAAAUAUAUUACUUUCUUACGUAAUAUUAUUCAGGCGAACAGAUAGAAAAUGAUUUAUUAAUCGUUAAAUCGUAAUGAUGCGACCGUAACGGCAAUAGAAUAUAAAUAUGAUUAUAAGAAAUUAGAUAAUAAGUAAGUUACAUUAAGUCUGACAAAGAGCAACCAAGAAGCCUGAUAUUUAAAUUCAUCAUUUUUUUUAAUAAAAAUGACAUUUAAAAAUUA